CCCACCCGUUACCUUGACAAAACUGAACCGGAGCUUGAAUUCACGACAUCGCGGUCCCCCGUCCACCCGUAGCAUAUCCCACACGCCCAUCAUGUUGUCGCGACAGGCCCUGCUCCGCCCCGCGCGGGUCCUCAACACCCAGGUCCGCACCUAUGCUGCUGCCGCCGCCGCCUCCAGCAAGGUCAAGCCUCCCGUGACUCUCUUCGGUCUCGACGGCACCUAUGCCACUGCUCUGUACACGGCCGCCGUCAAGACCAACGCCCUCGAGCCUACCGCCAAGUCCAUCAGCAGCCUCGGCAACCUCCUUGCUAAGGACCCUAAGCUCGCCAGCAUCCUCGAGACCCCCACCCUCUCCCCCGCCGACAAGAGCGCCAUCGUUGCCGAGCUCCAGAAGAGCGUCGGUGUUUCCAACGAGACCGUCAAGAACUUCCUUGCCACCCUCGCCGAGAACAACCGCCUCGGUCUCCUCCCCAGUGUCGUCGCCAAGUUCAGCGAGCUCAUGAGCGCCGCCCGCGGUGAGGUUGAGAUGGUCGUUACCAGCGCUCAGCCCCUCGACAACAAGACCCUCAACCGCCUCGAGUCCGCUGUUGCCAAGUCCCCCUACGUCGGCUCUGGCAAGAAGCUCAAGGUCACCAACAAGGUCAACGCCGACAUCAUCGGUGGUCUCGUUGUUGAGAUCGGUGAGCGCACCAUCGACCUUUCCGUCUCCUCCAAGAUCGCCAAGAUGAACAAGCUCCUUAGCGAGGCCCUGUAAAUUCUACAAUUAUCCGAGUUUCCUAAGAAGAGCAGAGCAAAUCUUAUAGCAUGAACAACCUCCAAACCGACCGACUAUUACGGCUCUCCUGAUUGCGCGUCUCUACUGGACUGGGCGAAAGUGAAGCAGCGGAUACGUUACGUCAUCUGCUACAAAAAGGAUCGAAACUCCUGUGUUACAGACAUGGUCUAUGAGGCAUCAGCAGCAGCAGGAAAGACGGGAGGAAGGGGGAAGAAAAAGGGAACGAACCCCCUUUUGUGUGUAGGAUGAGCUUGGAAUUUUAAAAGAUUCUACAGCCAGUCAAUUCUUUCUCGAGAGUGUCCCUC